GGGAUCUACGGGAGGAAGUUCCCACCGUCACUCAUCCCGGUCGACAAUCUCACACACAUUCUCUACGCCUUCGCGAACGUCAAGUCUGACUCUGGCGAGGUCGUUCUCUCCGAUGCAUGGGCAGACACGGACAUCCACUACCCCGGAGACUCGUGGAAUGACAAUGGGAAGAACUUGUACGGCAACUUCAAGGCGAUCUACAACCUCAAGAAGCAGAACCGCCACCUCAAGGUCCUCCUGUCGAUCGGCGGAUGGACCUACUCCCCGAACUUCCACCCGGUCGUUGUCAAUCCCGCGCUGCGCUCCAAGUUCGUCGCCUCCUCCGUCAGGCUGCUCGAAGAUCUCGGGCUCGACGGGCUCGACGUCGACUACGAGUACCCCCAAAACGACGCCCAGGCCCGGGGCUACGUGGACCUCCUGCGCGAGAUGCGCGCGGCCCUCGACGCGCACGCGGCCCGCAAAGGCGCCAACUACCGCUUCCUGCUCACGAUUGCGGCCCCUUGCGGGGCGGACAACUACAACAAGCUCCACGUACGCGAGAUGGACGCGUCACUCGACUUCUGGAACAUGAUGGCGUACGACUUCGCCGGCUCAUGGGACACCGUCGCUGGCCACCAAGCCAAUCUCUUCGGGGGUGCCCUCAGUGCGGCGCAGGCCAUCAACUGGUACAUCGGGAAGGGCGUCCCGCGGCACAAGAUCGUCACCGGCGUCCCGUUGUAUGGACGCAGUUUCAUGAACACCGAAGGCCCCGGGGCCCCAUUCAAUGGUCUCGGUCCCGGGAGCUGGGAGAAGGGUGUGUACGACUACCGUGCCUUGCCUCUCCCCGGCUCGUUCGCCUUCCAGGACGAGAAGAUGAUCGCCAGCUGGACGUACGACUACAACACGAAGGAGAUGAUCUCCUUCGACAGCGAGCAGAUCGCUCGCUGGAAGGGGGACUGGAUCCGGCGGGAGGGUCUUCGCGGGAGCAUGUUCUGGGAGCUAAGCGGAGACAAGGGGUCCCCGCGUGACGGGAUGGAAGGCGGUCCCGGUAAAGAGCCACAGCCGGGACGCAGUCUGGUGGCAGUUGUGAAGGAGGCGAUGGGCGAGCUCGAUCAGAGCCCAAAUUGGCUGCAGUAUGAAGGCAGCCAGUAUGAUAAUAUGCGGGCUGGCAUGCCGUAA